AACAGGAAAGCGGACUAGCUGGCCGUUGAUUAGCCCCCUUAGCCAAUGGCUGGGGCAGGAUCCGAAAACGGAUGAGACUUCAGGAUCCCAAGUCGGCUAACGAAGCAGGAAUUCCGAGUACCCCUGAACGCACCGCCGUUCUUACCCGGUGCAGACUCUUCAGAAAGUCCUACAUCAUCUCCUUACAGGGAAACGUUCAACACCUAAAAAGCAACAAUGAAUGUGUCUCAUGAAAUAAAUUUGCUUGUGGAGGAAAUUCAGCGACUUGGCUGCAAAAACGACAAAGGUCAGACCAGUGUGAAGUUCGGCGUCUUAUUUAGCGACGACCGCUGCGCCAACAUCUUCGAGGCCUUGGUGGGGACGCUGAAGGCGGCCAAGAAGCAGAAGAUCAUCGACUUCCAGGGCGAGCUGCUCCUGCAAGGCGUCCAUGACAACGUGGACGUCGUCCUGCUGAAGGAAUGAAGCCAAAUUUUGAAUUUAACGAGUCGAGGGUCUGAUUGAAACCUCUGAGAACGUCGCAUCCCUGCAGCACAUCUGUCCAAGUUUUUCUCUUUUUUUUUUCGUUUUGCAGGUCCGUCAAACUGAAAUUCAGUCGCACUUUGCUGGCAUUUCUGAUUUAUUUCACUUCAGUGUGCCAAAUUGUUUAAGCUCUACAGCAGCUCUGGAGUGCUUUCAGUUCUUUGGACAAAUAUUUCUUUAUUUUUUCUGUUGCACAUUUAAUCCCUUUAGCUAUAACGUGUCUAAAAUCUCAAAAGAUGCAUGUUUCAAUUUGGAAAAUUAACUUUCUGCUUUGGACUCCUACACUGUCUUGAUUGUUACGAUCUGAUCUUGCCGAGUACAGAAACAUCUUUUACUACAGAUUUAACAUUAAAAAUGCACAAACCUAGAAUGUAAUAUAUCUUUGUUUUGUAGGUUAUAUCAUCUUUCGCUGCCUUUUUUUGGAUAAAGUUAGUAAAAUCCAACCAGAUGCCUUUCUUGAGCAUUUCAGUGCGUAGCAGUUAUGACUGCUUGUUCUGAAAAGGCAGCUGUUUUCCCGUCAGAUCGGAAAAAUCAUGUGUUGUAUAAAUCCCAGCGUUGCUUCAACCAAACGGCGGUUCUGCUUACUGUUUACAUGCGCCGCUUCUACUACCUCCUGUGGACUUUCAAACACGGCGUUCAAGGCACAGCGACUUUUUAUACAAACUUUGACCACAAGGAAAGUUAAAAGUGCAUUUCAGAACUGCUCUUCUGACUCAUUACAACAAAAAUCUUUUUUUUAAAAAUAUGAAUAAAUUUUGUCCCAAAAAAAAUAAAUAAUGCCUUUUUUUGUGGGAACUUGUAAUGAACAAAUGGAGAAUGUAUUUCUUGUGCAACUUUGAGUGGUAGAAAAUGUACUUCUAAUGAUUCUCAGGACCAAAAAUAAGCUUGAUAACUGUCCCAUGGCUUUAUUUAGUGUUAUAAAUUGAGAUUUAUUAUAUUAAUCUUGUGCUGUUGGUCCAAUGAAACCUUUGGAUCAGGUGUGACUGCUUUCUUAAAUCCUUGCUCAAGAAAUGUUUUAGAAAUAAAUCCUUAAAUAAAAUUUGAUUGCAUCUUUUUCCUUUUUCUUUAUUCGUCUAAAUUAGUUGCACAAACGUUUGUAAAAGUAAUGGAGAAGGAUUAUGAAAGAAGCCUGAUCUGUACGUUUUACACGACCCGUUUCUAUCGACUUCACUUUUUUUUUAGUUCUGGUUUUGGUUCAGAAAAGCGGAGACAUUAUCAGAGUGAAUGAAACCGAAAAGUCUUAGACGUUGUGGGAAUGAUGCCGUUUGUGUCUCCUUAAGUGCGACGUUACUGUAUGUUUGGCUCCAUCAUUAUAACCAACAGAACCGGAGUUGGUUCUGCUGUGGAACAAAAUAAAGUCUUUACACUUGAA